AUGAAGUACGCUGCUGUCGCCGUUGCCCUCGCUGGUGCCGUCAUGGCCCACGAUGAGCCCGCCUCUACCGUCUUCUCCACCCAGUACUUCACCAUCACCUCCUGCGCUCCUGAGGUCACCAACUGCCCUGCCCGCAGCACCGUUGUCUCCUCCAGCGUCGUUCCCCUGACCACCUCCACCAUCUACACCACCAAGGUCCAGACCAUCACCUCCUGCGCUCCUCAGGUCACCAACUGCCCCGCCGGCUCUACCGUCGUCGUCACCCGCACCGAGGCAGUUUCCACCACCGUCUGCCCCGUCACCGAGACUGGCGUCAAGCCCACUCCUACCGGCCCCGUUGCUCCUCCCCCUGGCGGCAACAACGGCACCCACCCCGUUCCCUCCAAGUCCAUCCCCGGCAAGCCCAUUGAGAGCGUCACCAAGCCCGCUCAGGUCCCCGUUACCACCGGCGGUGCUCUUCCCUCCGUCUCUAAGCCCGCCACCCUGGUGUCCAGCCCGGCCGCCCCCGUCUGCCCCGGUGUCUCCAUCAAGACCAUCUCUACCAGCGUCACCACCGUCGUCCCCACCGUCAUCUACGAGACUGUCCAGAUUCCUUGCCCUACCCCCAGCAAGCCCUCUGCUACUAUCCCUGGUGUCCCUACCGGUGGCAACGGCACCGCUGUUCCCCCCACCAAGACCCCCGUCACUGCUGGUGCUUCCGGCCUGAGCGGCUCCGUCGUUCUUGCCGCCAUCGCCGGUGUUGCCGCCUAUGCCUUCGCAUAA